AUGGACACUGCACGAAUUCGAUUUCACGCAGUGCAUCGAAUUGGCAAGCGAAAAGAAAACAAACACAGACCGAUCAUUGCUCGCUUCGUUUGCCGAGAAGACAGAGACCAGGUUUUUGCCAGGAAGAAGGGAAUUGAAGAGAGCACAAGGUUCAUGGAUGCUUACAUAACCGCGGAUUAUGCAAAAGCUAUACAAGAUGAACGAAGGAAGCUAAUAAAGGCGAUGUUCAAGGCAAAGGAGCAAGGUUCAGAGGCCAAAGUGGUUCGUAGAUAUCUGUACAUAGGAGAACUAAAGUAUGAUGUAACAAAUAUCCCUGAGGAUUUUAAGUAGAUCAAAGAACGAACAUAGAUCUGUUCAACUAAUUUACAGUACUACUGGUGCAAUACAACAACAACUUCUUUAAGUCAGAUUGAAGCUAAUUAGAUUCUGAAAAACACAAUAUUUAAAAUUGCCGAAAGGUCAGUACCUUCUUGAAAUACUUCAUUUGAGUAUCUCAAGGGAGCAUGUUUCGGCUAGUGUUUUGGUGGUUAACGUGUGUCCCUGUAUUAUUUUCUUUUUCUUAUCUGUUAGUGUUGUAUUUGAGAUUUUUUCGAGUGUUUUUCUAUUCUAAUUUUCGCUUACUGUGUUUCUUUAUUAAUUUUAUCUAUGCACAAUCAGUAUCCUUUACUUGCUUUCAAAGUAUGUCUACAUUCACGCCUUCGUUUGUUUAAUUACAAGUUCGGCUCUUUUGUUUUCAGCUAUGCAGUCCCACAAUUUGCAUACAGUGACAUUAGUUGUUCAGUGCUUUUAAACUAAUAUCGCUUAAUGUGAAGGGCUUAAGUAAUUUCCGCAAAAGAAGAACCAUCUUUCUCUGGUGUCGUAAACGUAAAGCAGACCUUGCUUUUUUACAAGAGACGCACUCGAUCGCUGCAACAGAAAAUCAAUGGAGAAAUGAAUGGGGUGCUGAGAUGAUAUCUUCCCACGGUAGUUCUAAUUCGCGAGGUGUUGCGAUUUUGUUUAAAAAUGGUAUUGAUUGCAGCAUUACUCAUAAAAUUGUAGACCCCGAGGGGCGAUACAUUAUUUUAAAAGCUUGCAUCCAAGAUAAAGACUAUGUGCUGAUUAAUGUUUAUGCGCCGAACAAAGAUAAAGACCAAGUGAAUUUUUUCAACAACCUACUUUCAAUUUUGCAAAAGAAAAUCUGGAUUCUUUGGAUAACAUCAUACUAGGAGGAGAUCUAAAUUGUCCACUCGAUCCAUUACUCGACAAAAAAGGCGGAGCAAGUACAAAAAGGAAGUCAGUUAUCUCUUGUGUCGAAGAUUUCAAAAGUAAAUUAGAUUUAGUGGAUAUCUGGCGAUCCAAAAAUCCAGACGCAAAAAGCUUUACGUGGAGUCAAAAAUCUCCCCCAGUGUUUUGUCGUCUCGAUUACUGGUUGAUAUCUAACAACCUGAGCGAUUUUGUUGAAUUGACAGAAAUAAUCCCGGCUGUACGAACAGAUCAUGAUGCAAUUUCUUUAGAACUCGGAAAGCUAGAGGACGAAUUGAAAGGGCCAGGAAAAUGGAAAAUGAACUGCUCUCUGUUAGAUGAUGAAGACUAA